AUCUCUCUCUCUCUCUCACAUAAACGCAGUGUGUUUUCAAUUUCGUUUUCCCUCUUUUUUCUCUCUAGGGUUCUACGCACUGCUCAAAAUUCAUCGAUCAAUCUUCAUAAAUUGAACUCGGAAGUCCGAUUCACUUCCAAUCGGAUUCUAGAUCGCACAAAUGUCCGCCUCUACCGUUUCAGUCAGCGCUCAUCAAGGGCCCGUCACUCGCCGCCGAGCGGUUGAAAAAAAUCUUCCGACCGGCGGUUCCGAUUUCGCCGCAGCCGCCGCAGUAAUCGCCGAUUCUGACGCUCGACCCACCAACGCCGGAGACACUGCCGCAGCGAUUCUGAGGGAUGCGAGGAAGACUUCAUCCGCCCAAAUCCAGGCAAAAAAGUCCGGCGCGGCCAAAAAGGCGACGAAGCCACGCUGGCUGACUGUGGUCAGCAUUCUCACUAAGAAUCUGGCGUUGGUGGUGGUUUUGCUUGGUUUCGUGCAGAUGGUUCGGUGGACAGUGAUGAAUUCCGGUGGUGAUGUUGGAGAUUCAUCGAUAAUGUCUGGGGAUUUCGAAGGGAAGUUGUCAGAGGUGGAGAAAUUUGUUAAAAAGACGAUGAAGGCGAUGCAAGUUCAGAUGAAUGCGCUAGACCACAAAGUCGAGGAUGGUAUUAGUUCGGUGAGGAAGGAGUUUGACGAAAAAUUUGAAAGGAAGGAGGCGGAAGUUGAUUUGAAGUUGAAGGCGUUGGAUGUUAGGUCUGAUGCUUUUGAGAAGUUUAUGGAUGGGUUUGAAAGUAAGAGCUUGCUAUCAAAGGAAGAUUUCAGUGAGUUUUUUGAGGAAUUCAAAAGGACUAGGAAAGGUGGUAAGACUGAAGUUAAUGUUGAUGAUAUAAUAAAAUAUGCAAGGGAGGUUGUGUUGAAUGAAAUUGAGAAGCAUGCCGCUGAUGGUCUGGGAAUGGUGGACUAUGCACUGGUGUCUGGUGGUGCGAGGGUAGUGAAGCAUUCGGAGCCAUAUGGUGGGAAAGCUGGUGGCAGUGCAAAUUGGUUGUUGCUGCGGAGUAGGGUCAGCGCUGAAGCUGAGAGGAUGAUUAAGCCAAGCUUUGGAGAGCCGGGUCAAUGCUUUGCUCUUAAGGGGGGGAGUGGGUUUGUUGAGAUCAGGCUUAGGACUGCCAUUGUACCAGAAGCCGUGACUCUCGAACAUGUUGCUAAGAGUGUGGCGUACGAUAGGUCCAGUGCGCCCAAGCACUGUAGAGUGUCGGGAUGGCUGCAAACUGAUCCAGAAAUUGUUACUGAGAAGAUGUUCCUCUUGACUGAAUUCACUUAUGACCUUCAGAAGAGCAACGCUCAAACUUACAAGGUGGAGUCAUCGGCCUCUAAUCUUGUCGACAUUAUCAGGCUUGAUUUCACUUCCAACCACGGGAGUGCUUCUCAUACGUGCAUCUACCGGCUGAGGGUACAUGGCCGUGAACCCAGCCAUGUUCCAGCACUGGAAACACAAUCUUGAUGCAUCAAGUGCAAAGCACUAGUUCUGACUCUUUCUUUGGCUUGCUAUAUGUAUCCGUUAAUGUUUGUGCAGGAUUAUCUUACUUUCUAUCAAUGUCUAAACUUUGUAUAAAUUUCUUUGGUGAUAAUUUAUUGUGCCUAUGAAUCUGUA